GCGUCGCCGGAGCAGACGGAUCCGGCGGCGGGCGGCGGGCGGCGGUGAGGUGAAGUGAUAUUCAUCGAUCAGGAGGAGGAGGAGGAGGAUGACGAACGGGGCGGGGGCGGGGGCAGGGGGAGGGUUGGGGGGCACGAGGGUGCCGACGUGGAGGGAGAGGGAGAACAACCGGCGGAGGGAGCGGCGGCGGCGGGCGAUCGCGGCCAAGAUCUACGCGGGGCUCAGGGCCUACGGCAACUACAACCUGCCCAAGCACUGCGACAACAACGAGGUGCUCAAGGCGCUCUGCAACGAGGCCGGGUGGACCGUCGAGCCCGACGGCACCACCUACCGCAAGGGAUGUAAACCUCCUCCGUCAGAGCGUCCUGAUCCAAUUGGGAGAUCGGCUUCACCAAGCCCUUGCUCUUCCUAUCAACCAAGUCCGCGGGGUUCAUACAACCCAAGUCCUGCAUCAUCUUCUUUUCCAAGCUCUGGAUCCUCCUCUCAUAUCACCCUUGCUGGAAACAACUUGAUCGGUGGUGUCGAGGGAAGCUCCCUCAUCCCAUGGCUGAAGACACUUCCAUUGAGUUCCUCCUAUGCCUCUUCCUCCAAGUUCCCACAGCUUCACCAUCUAUAUUUCAACGGAGGCUCCAUUAGUGCACCGGUGACACCUCCAUCCAGCUCCCCUACCCGUACACCUCGCAUGAGGACUGAUUGGGAGAACGCAAGUGUUCAGCCACCAUGGGCUAGUGCGAAUUAUACAUCCCUUCCCAACUCUACACCACCUAGCCCAGGCCACCAGAUUGCACCAGACCCUGCAUGGCUCGCAGGAUUUCAGAUAUCAUCUGCUGGUCCCUCGUCGCCAACAUACAACCUUGUUUCGCCGAAUCCAUUCGGGGUUUUCAAAGAGGCUAUCGCGAGCACUUCAAGGGUGUGCACCCCUGGUCAGAGCGGAACAUGUUCCCCUGUAAUGGGUGGCGUGCCGGCUCAUCACGAUGUUCAGAUGGUUGAUGGUGCGCCGGAUGAUUUUGCCUUUGGGAGCAGCAGCAAUGGCAAGAACGAAUCGCCUGGACUCGUCAAGGCGUGGGAGGGGGAGCGGAUACACGAAGAAUGUGCCUCUGACGAGCUGGAGCUUACGCUUGGGAGCUCGAAGACUCGUGCGGAUCCCUCCUGAUCAUGAUUCAAGAGCAUCUCUUCUUCGGUUGGGUUUAUUUCAUAUUUAUUUGUAUGUUGCUCAUCCGUUUUUUAAGUUCAGUGUUGUGGAAAGAGAGAAGGGAACUCAGAGAUCCUACCAUGGUCCUCUGCAGAUGAUUAUCCAUCCUCUUUCAGAAAUCUGAACUUGUUUUAGCCUAUGCAACUUAUUAACUUUUUUCUUUUAUUUACUUUGUUUUACUUCUUGGUUUUUUAUAUUUUUCCUUUAGAAUUGAUAAGAAAAUACGGGAAGGGAAAGGAGUGCUUGAAGGAAAGGAGUUCUUUAUUUUUUUUUCAUGUGCUCCCGUAACAAGUUUUAGCUGUCCUUGCUAUGACUGUUGUCGCUCUGUACUUCUGUCGGAAGUGUGUACAUUGUAAGUGGAUCAUUGAUUGGAUUCUGUUAUGUCUUUCCUGAUUGAAGUUGCUAGAAUUACAAGUUCGUGCUCCCCUUUUAGGAUACCUUUUGUCCAAGUUGAUGUUUACAUUGUCUUGCUGAGUUGCUGUCAUUGUCCUACCUGUUGUAUGUCGUCUCCAAUUAUAGAACCUCAGU